AGUUGUCAGAUUUCUAAAAAAUGUGAGUUGAGGAUGAGCAGCCGUCUCUAGAUGCGCAGAGGGUAGGAGGCUUAGCGACGCGCAAAGGCAACUUUUCGACACACAAAUUGCGUUUCUGCUUCAGGAACAAAUAAAGUGGGAUAAUCUUUAAUCGUAUUUAGAGAAAGUAAACACACAAGAAGAUCAAGAAGAGUUCUACGAGGAGAAAGUGUCAUAGAAAUGCACACCUGCCGUAUCCUGAGAAGAGUCCUGGUUGGGCUACUGACCUUAGCUGUUCUUCCUUCUGAGUCAGCUACAGUGAAGGUGAAGCGUCAUGAUGCUACUCUCCCAUGUAAAGAGCCUGACUGUGCUUUGGUUUCAUGGACUUUAUUCGAUAAACCACAUGACAUUCUGGCUCAGUGUGACCAGACUUCCUGCCAGUCAGAGCACGGAUUUCACAUGUCUCAUGAGCAGUACCUGAAGGGAGAUCUCUCGCUCACUAUCACUGAUGCUGAUUUCACCAAGGGUGACUUUUACACCUGCAAUUGUGAUGGUCUAGAAAUCUGUAAUCUCCAACUACAGGUUGAAGGAAACAACACAAACACCACAACAACUUUGCCUCCAGUAAACGGUGUAAAUGAGAGCUGGGUGUACAGAGACUACAUCUGGCUCAUGGGGAUGUUUGUGAUUGUUGUGGUUGUCGUGGUGUUGCUAUGCUGCCUGAUAAAACACUGUUUAAAAAAAGUCAGGAGAGGAGCACAGUGCUUUAGCAGAAGCUGUUGUACGGUUGCGGGAACAUGUGAUCCUUCUGCCCAGGAACACACCUUUCAGUGUGCAGCUGCAGACUCUGAAGACGCCGCCUUGACGACAGCGCUUUAAGGUUUUAUACCAUUUGAAGGACGUGAACACAUGGUUCAUUCCUCACUUAGUGACAAAUCACAUAGUGAUCUUUUGUUUCUUGGACCAUCGUGAAGCCUCGCCACAAACCAACCGAUCAGAGCAGAGCUCAUUCAAUUAUAACAACUUUAUAAGUUCAUUUUAAAAAAGUCGUAAAGACAAAUGUUUAAUGUACAAUUACUGUUUGAUUCUUAAAAAUACUAAU